AUGUUGGAAUCGACUGGAAAAAUCGCAACUCCACGCAGCACGAUGGACUUCGAUGUCGAGAGAGAGCCUAAGACUCCAAUUUCCGGUGCACCAACAGUGGUUGCACCUUCAUACCCUCCAAGCAUAGCGAACGAUGAAAUCGACGGCAAGGAAGCCACCAAGCUAUCUCCAGCAAUAGACUCCGAUACCGAGUCUCCCUACAAUGCCAGUAUCCACGAUGAAGAAAGCGGAGAAAAGGAACCUACACCCUCACGACGCGCAUCCUCCCUCUACCCCGUCCAAAGCAACAUUCAACACCCAACCUCCCUCCCACGAGAAGCAGCAUUCGUAGGUAUCCUCUGCAUGGCCCAACUCUUUACACAAGCCUCCCUGGGCCAAGCUAUCGCCCCCCUCCACAUAAUCGGCGCCUCCUUCGGCGUAUCCGAUCAACCGGGCCAGCUCUCCUGGUUCCCAGCCGCAUACUCCCUCACCGUCGGGACAUUCAUCCUCAUCGCAGGCCGGCUCGGCGAUCUCUACGGUCACAAGCGAUUCUUCAUCGCUGGCUGGAUCUGGUAUGGAGUGUGGAGUUUACUGGCUGGAUUCGCGGUGUAUGUGAGACAUAGUCCCGUGUUCUUCGAUGUCUGUAGGGGGAUGCAGGGGAUUGGGCCGGCAUUUCUGCUGCCUAAUGCUUUGGCCAUCCUGGGGAGGACGUAUGCCCAUGGUAGGAGGAAGGAGAUGGUGUUUAGUAUUUUUGGGGCGACUGCUCCGUCAGGAUUUGUCCUUGGUGCGGUAUUUGCGAGCUUAUUUGCCCAGCUUGCGUGGUGGCCGUGGGCGUUUUGGAGCAUGGGCAUUUUGUGCUUUGUUAUGGGUAUGGCGGGGUAUUUUGCGAUUCCGAGCUCGCCGGCGCCGAUUAUUAAUGAAAGGGAUGGGUUUGGGAUGUGGGAGAGGGUCGAUGGGUGGGGAUGCGUGACGGGUGUGUCGGCUCUAGUGCUCAUCAACUUUGCGUGGAACCAAGGGCCGGUGGUGGGUUGGCAUACACCGUAUACGUACGCACUUCUCGUCGUGGGAUUUGUAUUCCUCACGCUCUUCGCUUGGUCAGAAUCGAGGGCUUCACAUCCUCUGCUUCCCAUGGAGGCCCUCACGAAGGACACGGCGUUCGUGCUGGGAUGCAUGGCAGCUGGCUGGUCCAGUUUCGGAAUCUGGGUUUUUUACAGUUGGCAAUUCCUCGAAGAACUCAGACACACCACGCCUCUCCUCGCCAGUGCGCAAUUCAUCCCUUGCGCAUUCUCCGGAUUAGCUGCCGCUCUCACAACAGGCCAUAUCCUCCACCGAGUCGGCCCAUCUGUCGUCAUGAUGAUAGCCAUGACCGCCUUUACCACCGGUCUAAUUCUUAUCGCCACUGCUCCCGUCAACCAAACAUACUGGGCUCAAACAUUCAUCUCAAUCUGCAUCAUGCCGUGGGGAAUGGACAUGAGUUUCCCUGCCGCGACGAUUCUGCUGAGCGAUCAUAUGCGGAAAGAGCAUCAAGGCAUGGCGGCCAGUCUCAUAAAUACGGUGAUCAAUUAUAGCGUCAGUAUUGGAUUGGGAUUUGCGGGCACGAUUGAGAGUAGAGUUAAUAAAGGGGGUGAGGAUUUGCUCGGAGGGUAUAGGGGAGCGUGGUAUAUGGGCAUUGGACUUGCAGGGUUAGGGAUUUGUGUUUCAGCAGGGUUUAGUGGAAGUCAGCUGAGAGAGAGGAGGAGGAUGGUGAAAGGAGGGGACGAUUGA